AUGGAAUACACUAUCACCCGAGGGGUCUGUGGGCAGGAAGGGUGCCGUGAGAGACGGUAUUAUCUCGACAACGGGCUCUGGUUCUGCCGGCGGGGUCACCAGCAAGAGGGCCGACAAGUCGAAGAAGAUCCGGAAGAUUAUGGAGUACAGGGCAGGACGCACCGCGUGAAGAAAGAUGUGGUUGAGAAGAGCCAGAAGACAUAUCGGGGCCAGAGGGCAUACAGUCUCUUCUUGCAAAUAUACCAGUUGAUCCUGUGGAAGCAGUCUCAUGCCUUGGUUCAUGACCGGGGUUUCCCUGCUCAGUUCGAGAAUGUCAUUCGUGAUCUAUGGGCUCUCCGUUUGGAAGGCUUCUCUAGCAAAAUCAACACUAACAUGUCUGAGACAGAGACCGAAGAACCGGAAGUCUUCAGCUCUCAGGCCGCCGACACUGACGAUGAAUCUGACAAGGCUUUCAAGCCCAGUGGAAAGCGCGUUCAAUGGCCUCGAUUGGUCGACUCGAUUGCUCUCUGUUACAUGGGUGCGCUGCUGAUGAGGCUGCCUAUUGGUAUAGCCGACUUCCAUAGGAUGGUGAUGCAGGGAGACGUCCCAUAUCUUAGGAUAAUCAAAACCAUUCCCCGUGAAAUGCGAGACAAGCUUUCCCCGGAGUAUCUUUCGCUUUUUGAAACUACGAGAUUACCAAAAGCAGAGCAUUUUCACAAGGCGGCGUUGGAAUUGAUUCUCUUCUAUCACCGUAGAUCCGGCGUGCACUUCCCUCCUUUGAACGCUCCCCUCCUGCUCUUUCGAUUCAUCAAAAGACUUACACUCCCAAUUGACAUAUAUCCCGCUGUAACGCAACUACAGAAACUCGUUGGGUUCACAUUCACCUACCCACCAACCAUCGCCGGUAAAAGACGGUCUCUUCAUCUACCCGAAGUCCAAAUGAUGACCCUUAUUGUCAUCAGCACGAAGCUUCUUUUCCCAUUCGACGACGUGAAACGAUACCCAGAAUCAGCUAGAGAUCCUAGCACUCAGGCGAUUGACUGGCAGCUUUGGGCGCAGGUUCAAAGACAUUUUGAUAAUCGGGAGAAGUCUAGCGGCAGAAUUGGGAAGGGCAAUGAGGUGUUGGUUAACGAGAAAGACGUGUUCAGCAUGACACCGAAUCAGUUGGAUGAGUACCUGGAUUGGUACGAGAAAAGUUGGCUGGAUAGCAGCAAAGGAGCCAAUUCGCUAGCAGAUCUGUUUCCACUCGGUCCAACAGGCGCGGAGAGUCAGCCUACCGCACCGCCAUCAGAAGCAGACGAUGAAGCGUCAUUGGACUCGAUGUUAGAAACAGUGACACGGCAGUUGAAGACCAUGAAGGUUGUUGCAGACCCGGAGAGCGAAGUCCCGCGCCCGGGUUCAUUUUACCCCCGUUAUCGACUGGACACCGACCUCCCCGAGACGGUGAGGCCUUUCUACGAAACGGCUGCAAAGGUGGUCGGAAUUCCUCUGUCUACCCUCGUCAAGACUGUAUUCCAGACGGAAGUUAGGAUGGGCCACUGGCAGGAAGACCGGAGACGUAUGGAAUAUUAUGGGGAAGUAAUGGACAUGGAAUUUCCGGGGGAUGCAGAUGUAGACGACAUAGAAGAAGCAGGAGAGAUCGAUGAAUAG